AUGUUGCCUGAAGCUCCCCGACAGACCCAGACCCAGACCCAGACGUCAAACGAGCCCCGGCCUGCUCAGCUCCAGUCCCCAGAACGUCACGACCACCACAUCCAUCUCAUCUCGAAAUACCCGACCACCACAGCUCACUUCCUAUCCCUCCACAAAGACACAAUGACGUCGAUAGGAACGGGCUACGAUCUUGCCAACUCCAUCUUCUCCCCCGAUGGCAGGAACUUCCAGGUCGAGUACGCCGUCAAGGCUGUAGAGAACGGCGGCACUUCGGUCGGCAUCCGAGCCAAGGAUGGCGUGGUCCUGGCGGUCGAGAAGGUCAUCACAUCCAAGCUGCUGAAGCCCGGCGCCAACAAGAGAAUCGCUACCGUUGACAAGCACUUGGGAGUCGUCUACUCCGGAAUGAUCCCCGAUGGCAGACACUUCGUAGACCGAGCACGAGACGAGGCCCGUUCGUGGCGCGAUACCUUCAAGACCCCGAUCUCGACGUCCGACCUGGCCUCGCGCAUGGGUGGCUACCUACAGGCAUACACUCUGUACCAGUCGGUGCGUCCCUUUGGCAUCACGGCCAUCGUGGGUGGCUUCGACUCCGAGCUCGAGGCUCCUGUGGAUGGCGAGGUGGGAACCGGGCCCUCGGUCGGCGCCGGCGGCAAGGUAGAAGGCAAGCACGGCGGACCGGGCCUCUACAUGAUCGAGCCCAGCGGUAUGUACUGGGGCUACUACGGUGCCGCGACUGGCAAGGGCAGACAAGCAGCGAAGGCCGAGCUGGAGAAGCUGGACUUGGCAGCCGGCACGCUGGAUCUCAAGGAGGCGGUCAAGGAGGCGGCAAGAAUCAUCUACGUCGCGCAACAAGACAACAAGGACAAGGAGUUUGAGCUCGAGAUGACAUGGAUCAGCAAUGCCACCGGUCCCACCAAGGGCCGGCAUGAGGAGGUCCCCAAGGAGCUCAAGGACGAGGCGGAGCGUCAUGAUACCAUCACAGCACUUCUAGUUGAACGUGAGAGCAAGCCCAACAUAAAAUAUGAUUCUCAGAAGGUUCGCAGCCGAUUGCCGUUUGCUAUGAACGCUGCACGUUUGAUGACUCAUGCGUAG